AUCUGGGUCUUUGUGAGAAGCAUGUGAUUGUCAUCGUGUGAGAGGACAUUUUGGCUAUUGUAAAUGUAAAUUCCAUCUUUUAUAAUGUAUUUUAAUUGUUACGAAAAUAUAAUUUUAAAACCCAAAAUACAUUCUCUUACUUUACUAAAGUCUUUACUUUUUACUAUGUACUAACUAACUAAACUAAAGACUCUUUAAAUCUGCUUGCUUAACCAGUUAUCCUGAAGACCUGUCCUAUAACCACCUUUUAAUGAAUUUAAAAGGAUAAAUUAUAUCCUUAUUAUAAGUAUAAAAUAAAAAUAACACUUAUCAUAACUUGUUACUAAUUAAAAAAUGAACCUGCGACAUCUAAAAAACUUGUUUCUUCUUCCACGAAAUCAUGGCCUCAACAUGAUAACGAAAGGAUUGUCAACAACAAAAACAUGCUCACGAGCAGAAGUUAUCGACGGUCGGAAAAUGGCAGAGGAAGUUUUAUCAGAAGUGAAGUUGGAACUGACUGAAUGGGUGAGUAAAGGUAAUAGCAUUCCACAGUUGACAGCUAUACUUGUCGGGGAUGACCCUGCCAGCAAGACUUAUGUAAAACAUAAGAUGAGGGCUGCCCACGUGACUGGUAUCAACAGCAAGACAAUUUCUUUCCACGAAUCAGUCGAAGAAGCAGUCCUUUGUAGUGAAAUCUCAAAACUGAACAGUGAUCCGAGCAUAAAUGGGAUACUGGUUCAGUUGCCUCUACCCCGACACAUAAAUGAGAGGAGGAUCUGCAAUAUGGUGGCCCCAGAGAAAGAUGUUGAUGGAUUCCACGUUGUCAACGUUGGCAGGUUUUGCGUAAACGAAGAUUCACUGGUACCUGCCACACCAGCUGGAGUUAUUGAGCUAAUCAGAAGAUCAGGCAUCGAGACGUUUGGCAAGCAUGCAGUUGUCUGUGGGAGGUCCAAAAACGUGGGCAUGCCUAUAGCCAUGAUGCUGCAUUCUUCUGAAAAUGCAACGACGACGAUUUGUCACCGGCACACACCUGCCGACCAGCUGGAACAUCUGGCAAAGCAGGCAGACAUAUUGAUCGUUGCAACCGGCAGACCAAACCUCAUCAGAGCCGACAUGGUUAAGGAGGGAGCUGCCGUUAUUGACGUGGGCGUCAACAAAAUUUACGACCCCAACUCAGGCAAAUCGAGGCUUGUGGGCGACGUUGAUUUUGACGAAGUGUGCAGAAAAGCAGGAAAAAUAACUCCAGUUCCAGGAGGCGUGGGUCCAAUGACGGUGGCAAUGUUAAUGAAGAACACGCUGAAGGUUGCCAAGCAGAAGGUUGUCUACGAGCAUUGCUGGGACGCUCACGAACGAUACUUCACACGGAAUUUUAAUUAUUCUAACGGAAAAAAUGUUUUAGAUUGUGAGAGCGUAAAUAUCAAAAACAAAGUUAUUUAAGUGCUUUUCUUAUUCAUUAUUUAUUUAUUUAUUUUAUAUAGAUGGCUACGAUUUUUAAUAAAAAUUUGUUACAAUGAAA